UAUAAUGUAAUGGAGAGCUUUAUUGUAAAUAGACUUAUACGAGCAAGGUUUUUACUGCGUUUAAUUAAUUCCAAUUAUCUAUAGCUAUCCUGAAUCACUAAAAGUUGCAAUUUAAGUACUUUUUAACAAGAUAAAUUGGUAGAAAAUGUGAUGUAGAUACAUUCAUUUAAUUUGUUAAAUAAUUAAAACAUACGAAAAAGAACGUAUAGUGAUAUUUCUUAUCGCGCGCACGCUAAUUGAAGGUUUCGAAACGAUUUUGGCUCAGUAGCAAAAAAGAAACAUGCCACGGUAUUAAUAAGAAGUUAAUAAGUGAGAGCGCGUCGUAAUAAUCAAAAGGAUGUAUUCGUGGCAACUAUUCAAUUUCAUGCGAGUUAAUUUUAAAUACACUAACAGCAAUGUCAACCUGUCCUCGUUUUCUAGGCGAUUUAGUAAUCGUGUUAAAUUUGGAGGUUAUCGUAAAAAGGUAGAUUUGUGGCUUAAAGAACAGAGCACGCAGGUAGCGAAGGCAUGUACAAGACAAUGCGAGUUUAUAGUGGCACAACGUAUUAGACGAAGUAUUCAAAUAUUUCAUCUCUAUACAAAAAUAUGGGACGAAGUGGCUCUUAAAGAAAUAAUCAAAUCGUGGAGAACGCGUGUUAUAAAAAAUUCUAAAAAAUUUCUAAUCGGUGCUGUCGGUGUAAGUGUUUAUAAUUGGGAUCAUGAAAGAAUAUCUGACGAGGAAGUCAAUAGUUAUAGUCAAGAGAUAGAGGGUAUUUAUAAAUUGAAAGACUGUACCGUUAUGUGUACAAACUGUCACCUGCGAAUUAUUAUCGACAAUGCUAGUAAACAAUCUGGAGUAGAAUAUUGUAAAUGUGAUGAUAGUGUCAAAACGUCUGCUGCCACGAAUAAAGAUCCUAACGGUUGGCAACCAUAUAUUGAACGCCAAGACAUGUUGGUCUGGAGGAGACAAGAGCCAGAUACAGGUUUAUUUGCUUAUAAAGUAUAUGGAUCUUUUCCGGAUGUCACAGCUGAAGAUUUCUUACAAGUACAAAUUGAUAUAGAUUAUAGGAAACAAUGGGACACAACUGCCCAAGAAUUACAAAUUAUUGAUACUGAUCCACAAUCUACAACAUCUAACAAUCAUAGUGCUGAUGUUAUAUACUGGGAAAUGAUUUGGCCUAAACUAUUUGCUAAUCGAGAUUAUGUAUAUCAACGUAGAUGGGUUAUAGAUAAAGAUAAAAGGAUAGUAGUUAUUGUUAGUAAAGGAACUGACCAUCCUAAUGCACCUGUUAAACCUGGAACUCACAGAGUAAGAACGUAUUGGUCAUACAUGGUAAUUAGACCUUACAAGGAUUUUCAACAACCAGGAAUCGAGUUUAGCUUAACUUACUUUGAUGACCCUGGUAUGAGAGUGCCAUCAACCAUCACUGCAUGGGUAGCAGUAGCAGGUAUGUCUGACUUUUUAACUCGCAUGAGGCAAGCAUCCAAAGACUAUAAACAAUACAAAAUGAUGCAAAACAAUGUCACGUCUACUAGCCAUACUGUAUUGGAUCAAGAAAAUCUUACCGAAUAUGAAGAUUCACAUAAAGUAAAACUGUCGUCAUUAAAGCAUGCUUCUUCUGCUAACAUAGCAUAAGAAAUAAAUACUUCGUCAUCUAAAUCCAAUUGAAA